AUGCGAACGCCACUGACGGCACGUGCUAUUGAGCUGCGACGAGUCGACCCGCCCGUUCGAGGGCUCGCAGGAUUUCCGUUCCUCUGCACAGGCGAUUGGACAACAAGAGAGCACUAUUGCUAUCCUAAUGAAGUGGCUAUCGUCACUUCCAACAGGGGGGAGGGUACCACGAUAUUAUUUAUGAGACGCCAUGAGAAUGAAUCUGAUACAGGGGUACAAGAGGAAACUAUGCCCAGACACCGAAAUGUACUCCGUAUGUGGUCGAAGCGCGAUUGGAACGUUUCCUCUGAAACCUUCGUUUUUGACGGCGUGAGACCUGGCGUUGGCGCGUCGCAAGAUGGUGGUCUCGAGGACUGCGUCCCCUGUGAAAGUCCUUUGGAAUGGUGUAUUAUAAAUUCUAUGUAUCUUAUCUCGUCACCUACCAGUCGACACCACAUUGAAUAUCCUCCAACCUGCCCGACAUCACUCACCAUGUGGGCUCCCAACAGUCCGACAUCGUCAACGCGCUCCAGCGCCAAAAACAUCGACUUGCGCUCGGCCAUGCGGCACGACGAAAAUGCCCUCGAGACGAAAUCCUUCCCGCCUGAUACGGAGAUGUGGAUGACCAGGAGGCAGCAGAGGCGUUCCCGAACCUCCAUCCAAUCGUCCGUGGCUGUCCGGUCGGAGUCGAUAUCGUCGUCGUCGCGCCAGUCGUCCGCAGCGCUGGAAGAAGAGGAAGAAGAGCGAAAUGAUCACGGAAUGACGACAGAAUCGCCGCGUUGUCGUAUUGAGGCCUGGCAGAUACCGUCUUUCCCGCGACCGGAGCAGCAGCACGGCCUCGUCCAGGUCCAUGACAAGGAAGCCGACGGCGAAGUGCAGGGAGAUGGCCGUGAAUCGAUCUCGGGCGAGACGGACAACUCACAUUUAACGCUUGCAGAGGAGUAUUCCGCCAUGGAACCAGAUCUGAAGACUCCCAAGGUCGUUGAAAAGGCCGUGUUCGAGAGUCCUCCUGUGCAGACAACAAGUCCGGAGCUGCAGAACGAUGAAUCGCACAUUUCCACCUCUAGUACUGCAGCCAGCGAGCAGGAGCAGUCAGCAACAAAAUCAUCAUCACCUGGACCCUUGGAGCGACAGCUCCUAUCACUGCUGUCAAAAAUCUCCGCAAUAGAAAGAAAUCAACCAACAAUCAUGGCCGAAGAGUAUCAGAAACUCGAAGCAAGAGUCGCAGAACUCGAGUCCGAGAAGCAGGCAUGGCUGCAACGCCACGAGGCGUUGUUCGCCCUCCGCGACGAAGACGUCGCCAACCUCGUCCGAGUCCGCGACAUGCUGGCCCACGAACGGCACGAACACGAGGCGAUGCGCAAACUGCGCGACGACGACCUGCGGAAUGUGAUUGAACUGCGACACAAACUUGCGCAGGCGACGUGGUCAUCUGCAAAACCUGAACAGCAGCAGCAGCAGCAGCAGCAGCAACAACAACAACAACAACAACAACAACAACAACAACAACAACAACAACAACAACAACAACAACAACAACAACAACAACAACAACAACAACAACAACAACAGUCCUCAGCAAUGACAACAACCGCAGGAACCACACCAAACAAGAUGGUGCAGCCAAAGCGCCUAUCCCUCUCGCGGUCCUCCGAAGGAAGCGACCUCUGGCGCGCAGCCAAGCUCGCCGCCAUGGAGCAGAAGGUCCUCGAGCUGGAGCGAGCCAACACAGAUCUAAGGGCGCAGUUGGAGCGCGCCCACGCGGCGCUGUUGGCGAGCAGUUCAGAGCCGGAGCAUCCAGCGAAAACAAGUAGCAAUAAUCAUAACCUCUCAACAUCCGGCAACGCCAGUCCUGGUCAUCGCGACCUGGACGCCAGCAGCCUCGAGAUGCUACUCGAAGGCGCGCUGCGCCACCGAGAGCGCUUCAUUGUCAAGAUCGAGCGGCUGCGCGCCGAGAAUGAGGAGUUGAGGAAGGAGUUGAGGCGCAAGGAGGACGAGACGGCGGAGCUGGAGCAUACGGUUGAGAAGCUGCGGAUGAAGAUCGAGUUGGGCCGGCUGCAGUCGCAGUGA